GGAAAAGCUUUGGUUACUUUGAGAUGGAGGAAGAAUUAAUAAAACUGGUUCGAGAAUCUCAAGCCCAAUUCCAAGAUCUCAAGCCUAGUUUCAAUAACGUUUCCUGUCAAAGCAAAAAUCUAAAAAGACAAACUGGUACUUAUCUUUGUAUUAGCUUCCGGCUCCAAGAUCUCAAACUUGAUUCCAAGAUCUCAAGUCCAGUUCCAAUGCACCUUCCCGGUAAAGCAAAAAAAAGAAAAACGUUAAAAAAGACAUACUUAUUUCCAGUUUUAGAAUUUCAAGACCGAUUCCAAGAUCUCAAGCCUGGUUUCAAGAUCUUUUAA